AUGUAUCAUCCACCUGAUUUCUUUACUAGUAACUGUAUACGCCUUACUACUAUAAAUAUUAACAAUCAAACAAUAACGAUAACAAUAAAGCAUACAGAAGAUAGUCUAACCGAAAAACCAGACGAGAAUUCUAAUCUAGGAUCUCCCCAAAAACGUAAUCGAAUUAAG